AUGGGGAAAUUCAUCAAGUCUGGUAAGGUUGUGUUGGUUUUAAGCGGGCGUUAUGCAGGCAAAAAAGCAGUGAUAGUGAAGAAUUACGACGAUGGUACCACAGACAAGCCAUUCGGUCAUGCUCUUGUCGCUGGAAUUUCUCGCUAUCCACUUAAAGUGACGAAGAAAAUGGGCAAGAAGAAGACGGCCAAAAGAUCCAGAAUAAAGCCCUUCGUUAAAGUUUACAACUACAAUCAUCUCAUGCCCACCAGGUAUUUUUCGUACUUCAUUUUUAAAUCAAGUUGUGACGGUCAAUGUAAAUAAUUCUGCACUUUCUCCUUCUCCUAACGGUAACAAGUAUUUCUUUCGUUUGUGUUGUGUUCAAGCCUAAUUUGCAGCUGAUGUUAAACAGAAAAUGUUGUGCAGCAACAUUUUUGUAUAAAAGUUCAGACUUAACCCAUAGCUUCAUGGGUGUUUUCUGUACUUUUGAGUUUGUAGAAACAUAUACUUUGCAAGCAGAGACGACUUAGCAUUACUUAGCAGGAUGUGGAAAGUAGCCUCUACUGGUAACUCGCCAGUCCACAAAUGUGAUCAAAUAAAUUAAAAAUAACUGGUUUCUGUCUAGUCCUAGACCUAGACUGGUGUGGGAGUUGUAUCAGCUCAAUGUCUUGUUGCACCUGUACUAUUGCCCAGUGCUCAGACUUAAGGGACAUAAAGAUACAACAUUUUUAGUGACCUAUCACAAAUAAACUGUGGCUGUAUCCCAUUGUCUUUCAUCCUUAAAGGAGCUGUGUCACGAAAUUCAACCAAAUUAGGAAAUUACAAAAUGCCAGUUAAAUUAAGAGAAACAUAAAAAUAACCGAUUAAAACUUUAAAGGAAGGUUAAAAUAACAUAACAGAAACAACAGAUGCCACGGAUGGGCAAAACUGAAGAAGAUUGAAACCAAUUGAAAUUGUGAUUUUUGAAAACUGUUCAGCCUAACAGUUUUUCAAAGUUGAUCCCUGCUGCUUGCAACUUCAAAAAUAAUGCUCAGGAGACAUAUUUGUUUGUCUCGGAUCUCUGAUCAUGUCAUUUACCUGUAAUUUCUUUGCUUACUUUAAGUUCCAUAGCGAUUGGGGGCGAGUAAUUGGCAACAUUAAACAAAUGAACUGGACUUCUGUGACACAGCCCCUUUAAGAGACAGCAUUACUUUAUUGAUAUUCUGUAGCAAUUUAUGUUUCAUUCAAACAGCUGAAAAACUUGUCUACAUUCUGACACACUCAUUCAUGUCAGAAGAAAUAUAAUUGAUCUAUCACACUGAGAAGAUGCAUAAAGAGAAAAUUAGUACUAUUUGUCAUAGUGAAACUCGUGCAUGUGUUAUAGAAAACAAGACCAUUGUUGGCAGAGGCUACUUUUUGCAAGACAGUAUAAAAUACAAAUACAUGGACUCUUCUUGUUGGAUGCAUAGCAGACAACAUUCUUAGUGUUUUUAAAAUCAGGCAGAAAAAGUAAUCAUACAUAAAGAACCAAUCACCAACAAAAAGCAUUGGCUUCCUUGCCCAGAGAAGUAGGCUACUUUGUUUCCUAACCUAAAGUAAUUAAAGAUUCUUUCAAAUCUUACAGUUGGUUACUCUAUUCUAACCAACUGCCUGCUUCACUUUUAAAAUAUGUCAGGCUGUGACAGUUUUAAAAGCUGACAUCAUCAGUACUAGCCCUUCAUCAGAGUCAAGGGCCAGUAGUAAGAAUGUCAGCAUAUGAAGACCUUCAAUUGGCUGUUUGCCUCUUAAAUACAAUAGAACUCAAGUGUAUCAAAGUACUUUGGACCUGGUGAAAUAUGUUUGUUGUAUUAAAUGGGGUUUUGCUAUGUCAGAUCUAACCUGAGAGAAUGGCCAUUAUUUUGCAACACCACCACUGGUUUCCCUGCAAAAUAACGUGUAAGGAAUGACCACAGAAAUUCCAUACUGAGGAUGUGUCACUACCUAGAUCUUGGUAGUGCUUCGCAUUGAUCAUGCUGCACAGCAAACUUGCUUCAGCCAAUCAAAAGGACUACCCAGAUCUUGGAAGUAACACAUCAUCAGUAUGAAAUUCCUGCAGUCAUUCCUCAGACAUCAGUCUGAUUUAGCAACAGGAUGGGAUCUUCAUUUGACGACGGGAAAGCAUGCAGAAAGAACUAAAUAUGACUUCUGGUGCUCUGUUUGCCGCUCUGCCUUUGGUCAAGCCAGUAGCUUGAUUUGCGCAUGCCGUCAUCAACUGACAUUCCCGUUCUGUUACUAAAUCAGCCCAUCAUUUUGUGGGGAAACCUGUGGUGAUAUUGCAAAAUGUUGGCUGUUUUCUCCGACCAUGUCAGAUCAUGCCCUAUACUGUACAUCUUCCUAGAAUAAAAAUUAUUAUUGGGAGAAAAUCUAUUGUUCAUUGCAGCAGGAUCUUUGUUAUAUAGGUUUCAUUAUAUUGAGUUGCCACCAUAUUAUAUUACGUUAUUAAACUGGAGCAAGUCUGCGCUAGAUGUUAAUAAAGUCAAACAUAAUGACAAAUACAUCUGUGGAAAGAUUCCCCUUAUGAACCUCGGUUGUAAUUUAGUUUCAGUUCAUGGCCCAAACAAGUCUAUUUACCUUAUUAACUCAAUAUGCCCCUUAACGUUGUAUGGUUUGUUCUGCCAGUGUAGAUCAUGUGAUGAUCUUAGGAAAUGUUUUUUUGUGUGUUCUCAUUAUUUAUGCAUAUAUUCACACGUGAAUGAGAAAAAAUUGAAAGAAAUGGUUGUUUACCAUUGACCAGCACAUGAGCAAACUAGUCAGAUCAAGGUUUGGGCAGAUGGUACAUAAAACUCAGGACUGGUAAAUUCUGUACAGGUUAUAGAAUUUGCCAUUUGCAAAAAAUCAGUCCCAUUUAAUGAAAAAACAUGGCUGCAAAACGUUAAAACGGGUAUCAAAGAAACAGAAUAUGGGUACCAACCAAUAAAAUGUGUGUGAACAGUUGAUAAACUAUGUCAUGAUUCAUGUUAACGGGAUUUUGUUACCAUUUUAGAUACUCUGUGGAUGUUAAUCUUGACAAACAAGUCGUUAACAAAGAUGUCUUCAGAGAUCCAGCCUUGAAGCGAAAAGCCAAAAGGGAAGCUAAAAUGAAGCUUGAAGAAAGGUACAUUCCUUGCAGCUCCUAUGUACAUGUUGUGAUUAAUUUUUAUCCAUGGUUGUAAUUUUAUUUACCUUUUUUUGACAUGACAGUGUAUGAUAGUUAGUUUAAAGUGAAACUGAAUCGAACACUUUCAAUUAUUGCAUAUUUUACUUGUCACUGGAGAUUUCAUUCAGUUAACGAGGGAAAACUUUGAACUGCCCUUUCGUCAUAAUUAUUUAACAUGGUUUGUAAGGGGCUGUUAGAAAUAAAGUGAAAACUGUAUUUGAAGAACCCAAUAUUAAGCAGAAACAGGCCCAGAGUUUGAUUUAGAGUUCACCAACUCACCGAUGUGAGUGUUAAGCUUCAACCUUUAAAGCGACUAUUAGGCUGGCUUGCAUGUAGCAAAGAGCUAAUCACUGCAAGGCAGACUGUACACAGAUAAUUUUCUACAUAAAUAUACAUACAUGUAUAAGAUAAAUAUAAAUAUAAGAUGGGACACCUUUGGGAAGGGAACUAAGUGUCGGUCUUUGAGAGAUAUCCGUCUCGUAGAGAGUCAAAUAAAGGGUGUGAAGAAAGGCAUGGACAAACUCUAGGUGUCCAUUUUUCCGAGGUGUCUGUCUUAUAGAGGUGUACAUUAAUAGAGAUGAGGGGUUUAUUUGAGAAGGGGGAGGCUUAAUUAAUUUAGCGAAGACAAUGGUAUCAGUUCUCCGUAAAGAACUAGAAUGCAAAGUGGAAAAGCUCAAUCACAAGAAGUUAGAGGUCAUGCAACUGAGGAGCAAAGACAAAUCUGAACUUCCAUCACAUGAAUAAACCAUCCCGGAUCAGUCCAAAUAAAGGUUUACAGUCAUGACUGAUUAAUACAGUCUAUCAUUUAUUAGUGAAGACUAAUGAGGGGGGCUUAUUUUAGAGAGGGCAUAAUAGAGGAUUGAUGGUUGUUGCUGGUCACAACUUGGGAACAUUUGUUCACUGUUUGCACCGACUUUCAUUAUUCACCUGCUUGUUAAUAAUUAUUUAAAACUGUUCUGUAUUUAUUUUCAGAUACAAGUCAGGCAAGAACAAGUGGUUUUUCCAGAAGCUGAGGUUCUAA